AUGGCCACCGGUCUGGACGACUUUUUGCCAAAGAUAAAAUGUUCCAACUGCCAAGCAGAGGUCGAGCUUUCGGCCAUGGGCGACCAUGUGUGCUCGACGGCGCCACAACCAACGACCGAAGAGCCAGGACAGAGUAGUCCACCCAGGCCUGACCUCAGCCGGCUCGAUGGUCCUCUCGCCAGGGUUGGGCGCAUGGCGCCUCCACCGCCAAUUGACCCUCUUGCUGCAAGUGAGUGUCCUGCUGGUGUGAUUCGUCUUGCUUGUGUUAACCUCCGACAGACCGUCCAUUUCUCCAGCUACGUGUGCCAGCAUCUCCAAGUUGCAUUCCCCCCAUUUCCAAGACCUGCCUCUAGAGCCAGUGCGAAAAACAGGUCGAGGUCCAGGACGCUGGUCAAAGGUGACCGUGUGCAGAGUCCGCUCGCAACGAGCCCUUCCGAAAGCACAGCGGAUCACAUCGAUUCCCGCCUUGACCAGUCAUUGCCUGCUCUACCAGCUCUAAUCCUUUCGCAAGAUGACCAGGAACAGGAAGAGCAGGAACGUCGUCGCCGCUCAAGGGCAAACAAGCAUAAACGAGAAAUCUCCAUCGACAGUAAAAGCUUAUACCGAAUGUCGGUCGCGAGCAGCCGUUAUGGGGAGUCUUUAUCUCGCGGCUCAACACCGGGGAUUCCCAACACCGCCAACUUACGUGGGUACCAUAAUUUCUUGGACGAAAUCCCCCCUCUUCCCGCGUGUCCAAUCAAAAGCGUCACCCCAAGUCCAUUUACUGCAGCUCCAGAGCCAUAUCGAUUUCCCAGCGACGAAGCAUAUGAAAACGAUAGAGUAACCGCAAGCCCCCCCAGAAGUGCUGGCCUAUCAACGGGCCUUCCUGGUUUCGAGCUUGGAUUCCCCAUCGACCAAGAGCCACCCAAACCGCAAGAUCGUCAUUCUCAAACAGCGCGGCUAUCGAACGGUAGUAGUGACUUUGUCCGUCCCGAACCUGCACGCCCAGAUUCGCCAGUGGCGUCAAAAUCGAGCGCCGCUCUCCCAGCUUAUACUGUCGACCAAGAUUUCUCCGUUUCGAACUUCGCCCGGGGCCUUGGUCUCGGUGACCCGUACCAUGCAACAAACAAUUCAACUUCAUCCUCCGACUCCUCGCCGUCCGACACCGCGACGACCAGCUCCUGCUCGACACAGCCUUCAGAACCACCGAGUGCCGACAUUAAACCCCCUCCAAGCCCAUACAAAUAUGACCUUGACUCGCCCACCGACCCCCUUUUCCAACAGGGUCGCUUCAAACGUACACCCCCAAAAUAUGAACGUUUCGUCGAACUACCACAUGAUUCGGAGCCCGAGGGACUAAACGGCGAUACGGAGUCCUCCUCUUCUCGCCCUUCUUCUCAACGCGACCACGUCCCAAACAAGAUGGAGUCUCUUGUACGCGCCCCUGCUCCACCGAAAUCGCCAGGGCCUCGUCGCAUCCGUUGCCGCGGAUGUGGAGAACUAAUCGUCGGCAAAUCGGUUUCCUCAGCUGACGGUCGUUUAACCGGGCGGUGGCAUAAAGCAUGCUUUGUCUGCUACACCUGCCGCUCCCCCUUCCAGACAGCAGACUUUUACGUACUGAAUAAUAACCCGUACUGCGGCCAGCACUACCAUGAACUGAACGGAUCGCUGUGCUCCUCUUGUGGGCGAGGUAUUGAAGGACCAUGUCUCCAAGCCGAAGGAAUGGUGCGAGAUGAAAAAGACGGAAAGGAGAAGAGGCAGCUUUUCCACCCAGAUUGUUUCACUUGCAAAACAUGCCGGAUUGUGUUAAAAGGUGACUACCUUGAAUGGAAUGGGGAUGUGUAUUGCGAUCGAGAUGGCCGCAGGGCCGCAGCCAUGGCAUAUCCACCUCCCUCACCUGGCCUGCGUCCAGGUCCCAGCCCUGGUCCCGGGCAGAAUCCUGGAUUUAAUGGCCCCCCACCUGGAUACGGCCGGAGACCGUCAUACAACUCUCCCCCUGUCGCUGGUCCUCCACGUGGCGGACCAGGCCCAGGGCCAGGGCGAGCUCCAGCGCCAACCCGAGGACGUGGACGUGGUAAUAACUUCUCGCGUCCCGGCAAUCGUGGACCCGGCGGUCCUCCGCCGGGGAUGUAUCCUCCGAAGCCCAACAGUGGCUUCCCCCCCGGUAAACCGUUACCAAGGGGAGGUGCAGGAGGCCUCCAACCGCCUCCUGGUCCCCGACGGUUCCCAGAGCGGAGGACCACGAAAUUAAUGAUGCUAUGA